AGAGAGAGCGAGCUGAUUAUUUUUUCCAGGGAGUUGGUAAUGGAUUAUGGGCUCCUGCAUUCCUAUUUUUAGCUGCAAAAAAAUCCAACCUUAAUUUUUCAGCGGUAUAUGCUAAUUAUAUAAAAUAGCCUUCAUUCCUUCAUAUACUUAUCUUCUUCAUCGUCCAUUCGGUUUCACUUCUCCAUUUCUCUCUCUUUCUCGUCUCUCCAGUGCUUAAAAAUCUUGAUUGGUGCUUAGGAAGCUGAAGUCCCGGCGUCGAUUUGCAUAGGAUUUCUAUUUGAGGAAUUCCGCAGAUACCCUUUCAGCUUUCCUUACACUUUGUAGGUAUGGAUGAAGUGAAGCCUCCUCAUGAUGUGAAAACUGCACAAGAGAUGCCUCUACAAUCCUCAACUUCGCAGGAUGAUUGUCAUUCUCACGUUGAAGCUAAUCCAGUUACCAAUGGAAAAGCAGAAGCCAACAGUCAGUCUUCAGAAACUGAACAAGAUGCAUCUGAUGUUCCAACUCUGGGAGAAGAUCGGCCAACUCCAGCAGACACUUCAGCUUCAAGCUUAACAGAUAAAACUGAUAAAGUAGAGACAGACCAAGGGGCUAAAGUGACAGAAGAUUCUACAAGUGGAGGGCUAAUAGAUUCUCCUGAUGAGCAGCAAGCUCAAGACAGUUCUUCUAUUGACACUGCUCAUAUUCAAGUGGGUGAUGUGAAUUUGGCUUCUGCUUUCUCUCCUGAGGUAAGGAAAUCCGAAAAUCAGGACCAUGAAGUAUAUGACGAGCAUUCCUCUCCUGAGGUAAGGGAAUCUGAAAAUGUGGAUCAUGCAGCAGCAUCUGACGAGCUUCUUUGGCCCCGUGCAAAGGUUGCUGAUACUGCCAUUAAGAAACCAGCAACAAUUGUUCCUUCUGAAUAUGUUAAACAGGUAGAUGUAAACAGAGGCAAUAUUGAUACAACGGCACCUUUUGAAUCUGUCAAAGAAGCUGUUUCCAAAUUUGGAGGAAUUGUUGAUUGGAAAGCCCAUAGAAUCCAAACUGUGGAGAGGCGCAAGCAUGUAGAACAAGAACUUGAGAAAGUACAGGAGGAGAUUCCUGAUCAUAAGAGACGAUCAGAGAUAGCUGAGGAGGCAAAAGUGCAAGUGCUAAAGGAGUUGGACAGUACUAAGAGACUCAUAGAAGAACUAAAGCUCAACCUCGAGAGGGCACAAACAGAGGAGCAUCAAGCAAAACAAGACUCGGAACUUGCCAUGCUCAGGGUGAAAGAGAUGGAGCAAGGAAUUGCUGAUGAGGCCAGUGUUGCAGCCAAGGCACAGCUUGAAGUGGCUAAAGCCAGGCAUACAACUGCAAUUGUGGAGCUAAAAUCUGUAAAAGAAGAGUUGGAAGCACUGCAUAAGGAAUAUGCUUCUUUGGUGGCUGAUAAAGACGUAGCUGUGAAGGAAGCUGAGGAGGCUGUUGCCGCAUCAAAGGAAGUUGAGAAGACCGUGGAAGAACUGACUAUUGAGCUUAUUGCCACAAAGGAGUCAUUAGAGUCUGCACAUGUGGCCCAUUUGGAAGCAGAGGAACAAAGAAUAGGAGCAGCCAUGGCCAGAGAGCAGGAUUCUCUCUAUUGGGAGAAGGAGUUAAAGCAGGCAGAAGAGGAGCUUCAGAGACUUAAUCAGCAAAUUUUAUCAGCAAAAGAACUCAAGUCAAAACUUGACACUGCCUCAGCCUUGCUACUUGAUUUGAAAGCUGAACUAGCAUCUUAUAUGGAAUCAAAAUUGAAGGAGGAAACUGACGAAGGACACGCACAUAUUGAUGUUGCUCACCAUGCUGAGCUACACUCACAUAGUGAGCUAGAGGAACCAGGAAAUAAAACUCAUAGUAAUAUACGAGCAGCAGUUGCUUCUGCAAAGAAAGAACUUGAUGAAGUGAAGAUCAACAUAGAGAAAGCAACUUAUGAAGUAAAUUGCUUGAAGGUGGCUGCUACAUCAUUGAAGUCGGAGCUUGAAACAGAGAAAUCCACUCUUGUCACCAUUAGGCAAAGAGAAGGAAUGGCAUCAGUUGCAGUUGCAUCUCUUGAAGCUGAGCUAGACAGGACGAGGUCUGAAAUAGCUCUAGUUCAGAUGAAGGAGAAAGAAGCUAGAGAAAAGAUGGUGGAGUUGCCCAAACAAUUACAGCAAGCAGCCCAAGAGGCUGAUCAGGCCAAGUCACUUGCUCAAGCGGCUCGCGAAGUGCUGCGCAAGGCAGAGGAAGAAGCGGAACAAGCAAAGGCUGGAGCAAGUACUGUGGAGAGUAGAUUACUUGCAGCUCAAAAGGAGAUAGAAGCUGCCAAGGCUUCAGAGAAGCUGGCCAUAGCAGCAAUAAAAGCACUAGAAGAGAGUGAAUCAGCUAGAAGCACCAAUGAUGUUGAUUCACCUAGGAAUGUAACGCUUUCUCUUGAAGAGUACUAUGAGCUCAGCAAAUGUGCCCACGAGGCAGAGGAGCAGGCCAACGUGAGGGUGGCAACUGCAAUUUCCCAAAUCGAAGCAGCCAAGGAAUCUGAGUUACAAAGCUUAGAAAGGUUAAAACAAGUGAAUGAGGAGAUGGCUGCUCGAAAGGAAGCACUGAGAUCUGCGAUGGACAAGGCUGAGAGGGCCAAGGAAGGGAAGUUAGGUGUAGAACAGGAGUUAAGAAAAUGGAGGGCUGAACAUGAACAGCGACGGAAGGCUAGCGAGUCUGCUCAAGUAGUAAAUCCGGUUAAAAGCCCGAGGAAAAGUUUCGAGGGGAUAAAAGAAUCACACAAUUUUGAGGUGGCACCCGAUGCCGUACUCCCUACUCAUGGUGCAUCUAGCCCACAGGCACAUAUGCGUGGGUAUAACUCUGAAAGUGAGUUAUCCACAGAAGGGAGGGUUGGAAGGAGAAAGAAGAGACCACUGUUUCCUCGGAUUCUUAUGUUUUUGGCCAGAAGUAAGUCACGUACACCCAAGCCAACAUAAUUCAUCUCUGAAAACAGUAUGUAAGUAUAGUCUUUUGCUUUUGUGGCAUUAUUAGCAUACCAUUUCUUUUUUGCUUU